UUAGGCAUGUGAACAGCGCCAGCGCUUCUCAUCGCUAAACUCCAACUCUAAUAGUGCGCAUCUUAGCCAGCCACUCACUUAACUCCUUGACCUCACGUCUGCAACAUCCACAUGAAAGAGCGAGACUCGGCAUCUGACCUGCAAAAACAAUUUUGAUUUAAAAAAAAAAAAAAAAAGUAUCAUCUUUAUAAGCAACAGCGAAUAGUAACAACAUUAUUUUUUUUUUUUAAAAAUCAAGAAAAAUACAAGGACCCGUUUAAAAAAAAAAAAAAAAAAAAAUUAUUUGCAUCCACAGUAACUGGAGAACAAGGCUGUUGGUAAAAAGAACGAGAAAGGAAAGAAAAUGCGUGUCCUGGUUGGUGUGAUUGGUUUCAUGGUUUCAGGUCUUUGGAUUACUGGUGUGUGUUUAACUGACAGUACUACAGCAUCGGAAAAAUCAAGCAGCACUUCUGAGAUGACAACUACCGGGAAACAACCAAUCAGUGAUCCUAAAAGUAACCCUGUAACUGGCACUGAAGCAGAGGCUACAACGACAAUCAGAAGGGCACCUAUUACAAGUCAAUCAACUUCAACUAAAGCAACUACGUCAGUGUUGUCUUCGGAUUCCAGUACAUCAGCAGUCAUCACUGACACCACAUCUCAACCAGCUUCUACUUCCACUCCUGUGACUACCGCUACAAGUCCAACUCAUGGGACUUCAAGUGAAGCCCCUACAGAACAAUCUAGCCCAUCUACUUCAACUAGCCCACCUGCUUCAACUAGCCCAUCUACUUCAACUAACCCAUCUACUUCAGCUAGCCCACCUGCUUCAACUAGCCCAUCUACUUCAACAAGCCCAUCUACUUCAACUAGCCCAUCUACUUCAACUAACCCACCUGCUUCAACUAGCCCAUCUACUUCAACUAGCCCAUCUACUUCAACUAACCCAUCUACUUCAACUAACCCAUCUACUUCAACUAACCCAUCUUCUUCAACUAGCCCACCUGCUUCAACUAGCCCACCUGCUUCAACUAACCCAUCUACUUCAACUAGCCCACCUGCUUCAACUAGCCCAUCUACUUCAACUAACCCACCUGCUUCAACUAGCCCACCUGCUUCAACUAGCCCAUCUACUUCAUCUAGCCCAUCUACUUCAUCUAGCACUACUUCAUCUCACACACCUGCUUCAACUAGCCCACCUGCUUCAACUAACCCAUCUACUUCAACUAGCCCACCUGCUUCAACUAGCCCAUCUACUUCAACUAGCCCACCUGCUUCAACUAGCCCACCUGCUUCAACUAGCCCAUCUACUUCAUCUAGCCCAUCUACUUCAUCUAGCACUACUUCAUCUCACACACCUGCUUCAACUAGCCCAUCUACUUCAACUAGCCCACCUGCUUCAACUAGCCCACUUGCUUCAACUAGCCCACCUGCUUCAACUAGCCCAUCUACUUCAACUAACCCAUCUACUUCAACUAAUGCACCUGCUUCAACUAGCCCAUCUACUUCAUCUAGCCCAUCUACUUCAUCUAGCACUACUUCAUCUCACACACCUGCUUCAACUAGCCCAUCUACUUCAACUAGCCUGUCAACUUCAUCUAACCCAUCGACUUCAUCAAGUCCAUCUACUUCAACAAACCCAUCUACUUCAACUAACCCAUCUGCUUCAACUAGCCCAUCUGCUUCAACUAGCCCAUCUGCUUCAACAAGCCCAUCUACUUCAUCUAGCCCAUCUACUUCAUUUCACACACCUGCUUCAACUAGCCCAUCUACUUCACCUAGCACGUCUGCUACAGCUAGCCCAUUAAACUUACCAAGUUCAUCUGCAGAAAAUACAUCAAGAAGCUUUGUCUCAACUGUUACCACCUCUUCAGCAGCACCACUGAUAUCACAGGUAGAAUGUGGUAACGAAAAAGUUGAAAGUACCGAGUCUACAGAGAUGUUAAAUGACAACAGAACAUGUUCCAAAGAUGAAAAAUGCUUUGGUGACUAUUCUACAUUGAUUGCGAUUCUCCUUUUGAGCGGGGUUCUUCUGUGCAUAAUCAUUGGCUUCACUAUGUAUGCUACAUGCAAAAGAAGAUCCUAUAGGAAGAAACGGCAUCAACUCACAGAAGAGCUACAUACUGUUGAAAAUGGUUACCAUGACAACCCAACACUGGAGGUAAUGGAGGUCCAGCCUGAGAUGCAGGAGAAGGCCAACCUGAACAGUGAUGAUGGCAAUAUUGUUCCAACUGACAGCCUCACCAAGGAGAAACUAGAAGGGGAAGCGGACACCCACUUAUAAAACAAACGUUCAACAGACUGUACAUCUCUGUGGCAUUCAAAAAGAAAUGGGACAGAGGAGAAUGGUAUAUGAAUGAUAUCUCUUCACAGAAAGCUUCUGUUAAAUGACAGAUUUAGAGAGCUCUGCUGUAGAACUGCAGAAAUUAUACCCACUCUCCGCUCCACUCCUUAAAAUGUAUUAUAUUGAGAACAUUCUGCUUCUAUUUGAAAAAUUUUUGUAUUUGUAGAAUGACCUUGAAAUGAAAUUUUUAAUAUUAAGCUGACUGCCAUUUUUUGCAGACUUGUGAAAUGUACCAAAGUUAUUAAUGUGUUCAAAUUUGAUCUGUGACAAAAUUAUCUGUUGAUUGAUCUAAAUAUCAUUGCCAACUGUUAAAGUUUAGGUAACACAUUAAUUGUCCAUUGUCAAAUACCGCAUAUACAGUACUAAGUUAGACUGUCAGAGUUUUAGAAAGCCGUAAAAAAAAAGACAUUUUAAACAGCCGAUUAGCAAGAUUGUCUAAUACCUGUUACUUUAAAUGUGUUGUCAUAUUUUGACAGUAUAUGCGUUUGUGAUCAGACCCAAUAAUCUGAUUUGCUCAGCUUCAUGUAAACUUACUUAAAAUGCUUGCAAGGAAUUCAAUUGUAUCACUGUUUAACCCUUUUGUGCCCUGUAUCACAAGGUGAAUUUUAAUUUACAAUAUAGUUAAAGGAAUGUUUUGGUGUUCUAAAACAACACACUGCUGUAUAUACUAUUACAAUGCAUAAAUGCAAAACUAAAAAAAAAAAAGCUAUUGAAUAUGCAAAUAUACAGGCAGAUUACAUGCACCUUCAGUAUAUAAUUGGAUUAAGACACUUGUUAUAAUCUAGUCCAGCUAUCAAUGUGCAUAAUGAUAAUGUUUUUAAGAACGUAAGUCUGACACACUGGAAUUAAUGUUUUACACAAAUAAUUGUUUAUCAAAAAUUGUUUGUAAAAAUAAUAAUACAUUUAAAAAAAAUCCAA